AUGCCUUCUCCACCUCUAACACCGAUAUCGAUUCCCAAUUCAUCCUAUAAAUCGCCAAUCAGCAGUGCAACAACAAAUUCCACUCAUGGUGGUACCCCUCAAUCAGCUAUCAUAUCCGUUCCAGCUGAUUGGAGCAAUAGAAGAACAUCCUCAUUAUAUAGCAGUACAGACAACAGACCAACUAUGGAAGAAGAAUCCUAUUCAAGAGGUGUGGAACCUCCCAUGUCUGCCUCGUCUUCCUCUUCUUCUUCACAACCUAUAUUCGAUUGGCCGCCUUCUCGUUCGUCUCAUACUUCAGCAUACAGCAAUCCAAUACGGAGAGACCCGUUCCAACAUGCAGACCUUUUCGAACCUCACAGUUCAAGUUCAGAAGAUGAUAUCAUUCCUCCAACGUUCGAAGCUCGCAGAGGCUCACAGCUUCGUUCGACGACAGAUCCAUUAUUUCAUGACGGACAACCCAUAGAUCCUGAGUUCGCCAGUGUCGGACCUUCCGUGGAUGAGUACAGCUUCGAUGCGCCCCCUUCAUUCAACCGAACAUUCUCCGCCCCGCUUCCUGUCCGUCUAGGUUACCUUCGCCAUCCGUUACCUCCCAUACAUCAACAUUCAACAUCAUCUCAUCCUUCAUCGUCGUCACUCACUCCCGAACCGCUUACCGCUAAACCACCUCCUGCUCCUUCACGCUCCAUCUCACUCGAACUCGCCGACUCUUUACAAUCGGCUAUACAGACACUCCUUCAUCUCUCACCCCCACACCUUCUUGAUAAUGCCAAAGAACAGUAUUCAGGUUGCACGGUACAGAUACCUGCGACUUCGUUGUCAGCUCUUCUUACUUCCAUGAGAGGUCUUAAUUUCUUAGCAGCCCAUGCUGAGGAACUUGUUGAAGGACCUGAUCAUGGUCCGUUGAUGAGGAAAGGAGAGGAUUUUGAUAUUGGCGAGCUAUUGCAAAAUGUCGCGGACAUGUUGAGUGGACAAGCAUCGCAUAAGGGCGUAGACUUUGUAUUGUUUCAUGGAGACGUUGGGAUCAAGCAUGUCAGUGUGAACGGAGAUGGGGAGGGACUGAGUUAUGCCUUGAGUCAUAUCAUACGGCAAAUCCUACUCGUAGCAAACAGGGACGAUACUAUCGAACUUGGGCUUCAGGUGAUUCCACAGAGUCCCUCGCUUACGCCACGUAUUGGUCGACCAUUGACUGGUGCGGAAGUGGAUCAACAUCGAGCGCAGAAGUCGGCUUCAAGCUCAAGAUCCAAUUCUCCUGGCAGAACCUCCUUACAUGCACCCGGUGGACUAAAUGAAGGUCCGCUUUUAUGCGUUUUCGAGGUGGUCCACAACAUAUCGCAGGGUGUAGACUCCACGCAUGUCACUCCAAAAGCAGAACUCAGCCCUUUUACCGAACUAGCCGAACAAGCUCAAGCUUCAAAACCGAUCUUCGAGACCCUUUUCUGUAAACGCUUAUUACAAGGGCAGAAUGCCACACUCAGAGAAGAUGUACAGCCCUCAUCGCCAACAGAAACGGGAAUGCCUAGACGAGCAUACGAGCUAUCUAUAUUGCUACCUCGUGGGAAGCCCAUCACCGAACCAACCCUCUUGUCAUCGGAGGAAGAAGCCGUUCGUCAACCUUUCUCCACUGUCCAACUGGCUCGAGAACCGACUCUGCCUGAAUUGUCAGACUUCGCGGAGUCACUACGAACCAAAAAAAUCGCUAUACAUGCCAAUCUAAGCAGUUUAUUUGCUCGCCACCUGACGAGUUACCUUGCCGCUUGGGCUAUGGAUAUCUCACAUAUACCGAUUGAUGGCGAUGAAUCAGAUCGGGCGAAGACUCUGACAACCGGAAGACAUGAUUCUGGGUACGGAGGCUCUACUGCUGGGUCCACGCCGGCAGGAGAUGUCCCAAUGUCAUUAGCCCCGUCCGCGAGAGAUCAAGGUCGAUUCAUCAUCAUCGAUGAUGACGUUGCGGUCCUUCGAAGGGAGUUGUUUAGGAUCAAAGCUGAAAUACACCCAUUAUCCCUCAAACCUAGACUGAACAAACGGCCUUCUCUGACCGCAAGAACCCGCUCCUCCCCUCAAGUGCGCCAAGUAGUCACUCCACGUGCACCCAGUGCCGUACUCAUUCACUUUACAUCUCUUGCAAAUUAUAACCAAGUGCGCGAUGUAGUAUCGAGCUUUGUCGGAACGCCUUGGUCUACCGGAUCCGGUGCUUACCUUCAACCCGAAGUGAUGGUCAUCCCUAAACCUGUUGGUCCUAGACGAUUUCUCACCGCACUUCACACAGCUAUCAAUCAGCCCAUUGUGGACCCAUUCUUCUCACCAAUCGCUACCUCCCCUCGAUCACCGGGAGGUGGAUACUUUGCCGGCGUCUCCCGAACUCCUACCACCGAACGAGAGAGUGGAUUUUUUAACACUGUUACUGAAGAAUCCUCUGAAGAAGCACCCAGACAAGACGGCAUCCAAAAGCCCAGGUCACCGCUGGGCGAACUUCCGCCCUCCACCGCUCAGCUCGUUCGAACAGAUCACGGGUUACAUCUUUCGCUACCUACCCCGGGUGAUAUCCUGGCUACACCGGCAAACGAGUACUUUUCCAGUGCAAAGAGAACAACACCAGGUGGAUCUGGUGCUUCUGGAGUUGUCAUGCAAAGUCCAGAUGGGCGACCAUUUGGCAUGUUCUUUGAACCUCCCAUUGGUAACGGUAGACGGACAUCUACCCAUCGACUACCCUCCGACUCCAUCAGACGGAUCUCCAACAGCCGACGUGCAUCCGGAGCAGGAGACGAGGUGCCUUCUUCGCCGGCAAUCUCACCGAAUACAGCGAGAAGAGUUUCGAAUAACGCAAAUAUCGCUCAUGCAGAAGAGCGAAGUAAUUCGAUUACUGAUCGUCCUGGACAUACGCGAAUCAAUUCUAGACGAAGAACGUUACCUGUUGCAGAGUCACCUGUUGUCGCUGUCGGUCGAGAUCGCUCAGCAACUGUUACUCAAGGACAACGUCGUCCUACUCCAGGUCAUUCGCCAGUCGUACCUUCUCCUCAAGCCGAUCAAGGUGCCUUUCAGUCUCCUCGACUGUCAAAGAAAGCUCCUGCGACCACGACGAUUGAGGAGGUGGAACCAGAGCCGAAGAAGGUCGCUCCUCGACCAGCCAAGAAGGUGGAUAAGAACGACGUGGUCGUACCGCCUAUCAAUGUCUUAAUCGUAGAAGACGGUCAAGAAGCUGUAGAAAAAUGGCGAACAGGAGGCUUCCAUUUGAUUUUGAUGGACAUUCAAUUACCUGUAAUGGAUGGUAUUGAAGCCACAAAGGAGAUCCGGAAAAUGGAAAGGCACAACAACAUUGGGGUGUUCCCUUCAACUCCAGGUCUGGAGCACGUUCGAACGCCAAGCAUGGAGGGGCCAGUGCCCUCAUCGCCGUUUAGAUCAUCUGUCAUCAUUGUCGCGCUGACCGCUUCUUCUCUCCAAUCCGAUCGAGUGGCUGCUUUGGCCGCGGGAUGUAACGACUUUUUGACGAAGCCUGUAUCGCUAAAAUGGCUUGAUAAGAAAAUCGUAGAAUGGGGUUGUAUGCAAAAAGGAUUCACCCUUGGCCCUCAAGCAGCAGCUAAAUCUCUCGCCAGCAGACUUCGAAUCGAGAGGAAAGGCACGCGAGCUGCUGCACAGGUAGCAGCGAAAUCACCAUCACCUGAAGUCCACGUCCAAAUACCCACUCCAGAAUCUAAAGAUUCAAUCCCUCAAGCUCCCGUCCUUCCCCUUCAGCCACCAAAUCCUCCUCCUUUGACGGAAUCAACCGCAGACCCAAGCAUGAAUGCCGCGUUGCCGGCCAGUAAGGAAGUCAAUGCGGAUCCGAUGGAGCUGAUGCACAGGCUCAAACUCAGUGAAACGGAUGGGCGUAUAAAUUCAGACGUUAAUUCUGUAGAAGCAACCCCGGUUCAAAAGGAGAAGCCUUUGCCACCGUUACCUAGUGAAUAG